GAAAAAGGAAUCGAGUUGAAGGCAACAACAAUGAGGCCGUCCAACUCCAAAUCUCAAUCUCCAUUCAACACCAAGCUCAUCCUCAUAUGUGCUUCCGUUCUCCUCUUCGUCUUCCUCGUCAUCACGACAAGCUCUUCAUUUUCCAAACCACAACCCUCGCCGCUUUCGGAGUCCCACAUCGCAAACGCAACAAAUUCAGUCGACGAGCCGCCGGUGGCCUGCCCAUCUCUUCCCUUGACCCCGACGACAUGCACCAAAACCCCACCAUCUCUAGCCAACGCCCUCAUCCACUACGCCACGACAAACAUCACCCCGCAACAGACAUUCAAGGAAAUCUCGGUCUCGUCCAGGGUUCUGGAGAAGAAAUCGCCUUGCAACUUCUUGGUGUUCGGGUUGGGCCACGACAGUCUGAUGUGGACAUCUCUGAACCACGGCGGUCGCACCGUUUUCCUCGAAGAAGACAAGGCGUGGAUCGAGCAGAUCAAGGGGGAACUCCCGAGUCUGGAAUCACACCACGUGGAAUACGCGACCAAAGUCCGGGAAGCGGAUGGCCUGAUGGAGAGGGGAAUGAAGGAGGAAUGCAAAGUGGUGGGUGACCCUAGAUUCUCCAAGUGCGAGCUUGCUCUCAAAGGGUUCCCGAAUGAGAUUUACGAGGUGGAAUGGGAUGUGAUAAUGGUGGAUGCCCCCACCGGGUUCCACAAUGAAGCUCCCGUGAGAAUGAACGCCAUCUAUGCGGCUGGUUUGAUGGCUAGGAACGGAGAAGAACGGGAGACUGAUGUGUUCGUGCACGACGUGGACAGGGUGGUGGAGGAUAACGUCUCCAAAGCUUUUCUUUGUGAAGGAUACCUGAGGGAACAGCAAGGAAGGCUCAGGCAUUUCAACAUUCCUAGUCACAAGGCUCGCUCUACCAGACCCUUCUGCCCUUGA